AAAAAUCACGAUAUAAUAAAUGUCAUUUUUAUUCAAGUUGAGCAUGUAAAAUAAUAUAUAUAUGUUGUGCUACAUGUUGAGUUGUCAAUGAUUAUAACAAUCCUGAGUCGCGCCCUGCAAGAAGAUGCUCUUCCAUUUUUUUUAAUUUUUGCUUUUGUUUUGCGAAGUAAAGUUGAUGUCAAAUGGUAAGUUUUAUGAAAUGACGUUCUUGAUCGUACCAAAAACAACGUUUUUUCCUUUACAUCAACUUACUUACGAGUUGUUUUGAAAGUGAUUUUAUCCAAAUGAUAUCGGAUGUAUGUGGGCUGACGUCACUUAUCAAGUUCAGCAUCGACUCCUUUUUCAGUUUUUCGAAGGUCGUCCUUCCUCCGCCGCCUYAAACUCCACCCGCGUUAUUGCCAUUUUCUCGUGCCUCAACUUGACCAGACAUUCUUUUGUUCAGACUGGRUCUUAGUGUGUUGAAAUAAAGCAGGAAUGUCCGGGCCACGGGCUUAUUUUUGCGCCCCAAAAUCACUUUAAUAUGUUGACGCACGAGACCCUUUGACGAUAUGAGCGACGACAUCCUUGAGAGGGACUCCGCGUCCGAAAACGGGGACUUCAAUGACAUACAGUUGGGGAUGAUAGAUGAGGAAAUAGUGUACCCUGAAGAGUUUUUACCCACGUAUGAGUCUAUAAACGAAAAAACAAUAUUAACCAAAGUGCAACAGGUCGAGUAUAAUAACAGACCCGAUUCGUUAUUCUUCAACGACGGCCAGCGGAGGAUCGAUUACAUCCUGGUGUACGAAGAUGAGGACAAGCAGGCGUUUGACAAGAGGCAUGUGUUCCAAAGGCGAAAGAGAAGACGGGAGUACUUUGAGGCCAGCCUGAUGAAGAUGGGUAUUGAGCUGGAAGCCGUGCCAUCUGUGGUGGACGACAAAGUCAUAUUCGUGAAGGUUCACAUGCCGUGGGAUGUGCUGUGCACGUACGCCGAGGUCCUGCACAUCAAGGUUCCCAUCAAGCCCAACGACAUCCCCCGCCGYCCAUCACUGGGGCGCUUUUUCAAGUGCAUCACCAAACACUUCUAUCCCGACGAAGACCUGAUCCGAAAGGAGCCCGAGUUCUUCACUGCUCCCUUCGAGAAACGACGAGCGAAGGACUUUUUGAGCAUAAACAGGGAUCUCUUCUUUACACCGUCCAUGCGGAGCAGAAUGGCGUUUUACAUCUUAAGCAGAGCUCCCUACGAAGUGCGAGGAAAUAUUAGGAAGUUCGGCAUCACCAAACUCCUGGAUGGUGGAGUGUACAAAGCUGCCUAUCCCCUCCAUGAUAGCAGGUUUAAUGUCAAGUCUGAAGAAGAGGACUGUCCCAAUGAGAGGCUUCUACUCUUUAAAGAGUGGGCACAUCCCAAAAACUUCUACAAGAUGCAGCCACUUGACCUCAUAAGGAAGUACUUUGGGGAGAAGAUCGGCAUUUACUUUGCCUGGCUCGGUUUUUACACCAUGAUGCUCAUUGUGGCGGCUGUCGUGGGACUGGGCUGUUUCCUUUACGGCUACCAUAACCAAGAAACAAGCACAUGGAGCAAAGAGGUGUGCGACCCAGAGAUCGGAGGACAGAUCGUUAUGUGUCCACAGUGUGACCUCUGCAAAUACUGGAUGUUAAACAGCACUUGUGACACUUCAAAAACACUUUGCGUAUUUGACCACUUCGGGACUUUAGUGUUUGCUGUUUUCAUGUCAGUGUGGGUCACUUUGUUCCUGGAGUUUUGGAAGCGCUACCAGGCGGAGUUGGAGUACGACUGGGACACUGUGGAGUUUCUGGAGCAGGAAGAGCCGCCUCGCCCAGAAUAUGAGGCCAAGUGUAUUUAUGAGAGGAAAAAUCCGAUCACUGGGGUGAAGGAAAAGGUGCCUUAUACAACCUGUGGACGGUGCGUUCGGGUGUCAAUAGGAAUUGGAACCGUCUUAUUCUGGAUUUUUCUGAUCCUGGCCUCUAUUGUGGCCAUCAUUGUGUACCGACUGGCUGUCUUCCUCACAUUAUCAGUUAAACUCAGAGACUCCACUGAGCUGAAGAACUUGGAGCCAAUAAAGGAGUAUGUGACGCCCCAGAUGGCCACCUCUGUCACAGCCUCCAUCAUCAGCUUUGUUGUCAUCAUGAUCCUUAACAUGCUCUACGAACGAGUCGCCAUCUGGAUCACAGACUUUGAGCUUCCUCGGACGAUGAGAGACUACGAGAACAGCUUGACGAUGAAGAUGUUCCUGUUUCAGUUCGUCAACUAUUACUCCUCCUGCUUCUACAUMGCCUUCGUGAAAGGAAAAGCAGUCGGCCAUCCUGGAGCUCCAGUUUAUCUCCUGGGGAAGUACAGGAAUGAGGAGUGUGAUCCAGGUGGGUGUCUAAUUGAGCUGACCACUCAGCUCUCUAUCAUCAUGGGUGGGAAAGCCAUCUGGAACAACAUUCAAGAAAUCCUUAUACCGUGGCUGAAGAACCGGUAUUCCUACUUCUGCUCUGGUAAAGUCAUAGAGAAGGAGAGACCUCGCUGGGAGCAGGACUACAAGCUCCAGGACCUGUCCAAACUGGGACUGUUCUAUGAAUAUCUUGAGAUGGUCAUCCAGUUUGGCUUUGUGACCCUCUUCGUGGCCUCCUUCCCCCUGGCUCCAGUUCUGGCUCUGAUCAACAACAUGUUUGAGAUCCGGGUCGAUGCCUGGAAGUUCACCACUCAGUUCCGUCGCAUGACGCCGGAGAAGGCCCAGGACAUCGGGGCUUGGCAGCCCAUCCUCCAAGGCGUCGCCAUCUUGGCCGUCGCAACGAAUGCCAUGAUCAUCGCAUUUACAUCCGACAUGAUUCCACGACUGGUUUACUACUGGUCCUUUUCUGUCUACCCGUAUGGAGACAACGUUGACCACACCAUGCAGGGUUACAUCAACAGCUCCCUGUCCUUGUUCAACAUCAAUGAUUUCCACAAUAACUCRUUAGGAAUCACAGCUGAUGAGCCUCGCAACAUCAGCGUUUGCAGGUAUCGAGAUUAUCGGUUUCCUCCUGGACACCCGAGACAAUACGAGCACAACAUGCUGUACUGGCACGUGAUUGCCGCCAAAAUGGCGUUUAUAAUUGUUGUAGAGCACAUUGUUUACUUCACCAAAUUCAUCCUGUCCUACGUCAUCCCAGAUGUCCCGUACGCAGUCAAAGAACAAAUUAAACGAGAGAAGUACCUGACCCAAAUGCUCCUCCAUGAAACCAACCUGAAGUUGGUGAGCAAACGCUUGAAAUCAUCUCUAGAUGAAGAGACGAGCGAAGCAAAAGGGCACGAAGAACAUGAAUUAUGAUACAAAUAUUUUUUAAAAAAGAAACAAGACUCGUUUACGUUUUUAUAUCAGUUUCUACAAGGUUUUUGUUGCAUCCAUAAAAAAAACUGUUAAUCCCUCCCACCGUGUGAAUUACUCAGCAGCCUGAAAGACGACUUCUUAUUUUUGGAGUUGCAAGGCAGGAUGAAGAAACCACUCGUCUUUAAACUCUCUGUUUUUGCAUCGAACUUCCCCAUCAUGUUUGGUUAUGUCAAGCUGGAAAAACCUUUCAGCAUCUGUCAUUAGGGGGAUUCCACCACUUCUUUUCAUCAGAUUGUAYAAAGUGCAAUAGCUAAUUAUACGUUGUGAAACAAGUAAUGGCAACGUCUUUAUCACRUUUUUAAAAAUGCAAUUAAAGCGUCCUUAUGAAUAUUUUUAAACUGAAAUACACAAAUAUCAGCAGCUCACUUGAAGCAUAUUCAUACAUGUCAACCUCUUCUGAUGUUUACCUGUAUAAAGAGCCUCGAAAAUCCGUAAAUUUGGCAAAAAAUCCRUACAACUCRCACCCGGGGCGGUGUCUGYGGGCUGCGGACAUCAAAGCGCCUGCUGCUGCGAAGCAGGAGGGAAGGAGAGCGGAAAAAGUUCAAUACUUCUUUCUAGCGGCAGAACAGGUUGGAAGAUGG